AUGGCCGACACCGAGCCCAAGCCCGCCGCUGCCGAGGAGCACGACCCCCAGUUCGAGCCGGUUGUUCGUCUCACCGAGACUGUCGAGACCAAGACGGGUGAGGACGAGGAGGACGUCGUCUUCAAGAUGCGCGCAAAGCUCUUCCGCUUCAACAAGGAGGACAGCGAGUGGAAGGAGCGUGGUACCGGCGACGUCCGUCUUCUCAAGCACAAGGCGACAGGCAAGACGCGUGUCCUCAUGCGCCGGGAUAAGACGCUCAAGGUCUGCGCCAACCACACCAUCUCCGCCGACAUGAAGCUCGCGCCCAACGUCGGUUCGGACCGCAGCUGGGUGUGGAACGCGACUGCCGACGUCUCUGACGGUGCGCCUAGCGCCGACCUCCUUGCUAUCCGCUUUGCCAACUCGGAGAACGCCAACCUCUUCAAGAAGGCGUUUGAGGAGGCUCAGGAGUCUAACAAGGCCGUUGAGGACAAGGACGAGUCUAAGGCCGAGGACAAGGACGAGGCCAAGGACGAGAAGCCCGCCGAGGAGGCCAAGGCUGACGAGCCCAAGGCUGACGCCAAGGAGGAGACCAAGGCCGAGUAG